UCCAAGGUCUCCCUCUCUCCAACCCGCGCCGGGGCAUCAAGAUUCCAGCCGUUGAGCAUCUACGACCAUAGGGAAGAGAAGCUUUCGACCCUACUUUCAGCAACAACAUGGGUAGCACUAGUACUAUUGUAGACGAUGGAGACGCAGAAUUGUGUUGCAGUGAUGACAUUCUUAAGGAGAUCCUAUUUCGUUUACCACUCAAAUCAGUAUUCAGAUCCAAGUGUGUAUCGAAGAGGUGGAACCAUCUUAUCUCCGAUCCGUGUUUCGCUAGCACUUAUGCAUCCCUAAGAGGAACCAGCGCCUUACACUUGGGUUUCUUCGUAACCCCAACAAUGACCGUCUCCUCUGUUACUAGUGGCAGACCUAAGUGGGCAUUCUUGCCAACACUACAAAAAGAAAAAGAAGAAGGAGAAGCUGCAAAUAUCAUCAACAGUUUGGAAUCAUCUCAAGCAAAUCUCGACGGUUACUUCAUAUGCUCUUCUAAUGGCCUUUUUCUGAUCUGCAGCCGUCCACCUAUCACGACCUAUUACAUACACAACCCUCUGACAAGGGAGUCUUACAAACUUCCUCCCUCUCCUCUUAUACAGCAGCAAUCGUUAGUUCGACCAUUCAUGAGUCUGGUUGUCACCACCACCGUUGAUAAUGAUAAUGUAUACAAAGUAGUGCGUGCGGGCAUUGACAGAGGCAUUAAUGGGUCCAUUGUGAUUGAGAUUUUUUCCUCCAUGACUGGUGAAUGGCGACAAUCCACUGUGACCGUCACUGAUGAGACGUAUGACUACUUCUUACGGCCAAUGAUUAUGAAGACCACUGUGAUAAGAGGAUCUAUUUACUGGAUGAGUGAUUACUGGAUGAGUGAUUAUUAUAGCAGCAUUUUGGUGUAUGAUCCGUAUAAGAAAGAUGAGCAUAUAGAGAUGAUCAAGAAUCCUCUCGCCGAUAGCCGCUUCGAUAUUGUCUUAGGGGAGUCUACUGACGGCCUACUCCAGAUGGCUAGACUCAAUGUCUCUUGUACGCUCAUUGAUGUAUGGGUUUACAGCCGGGAGUACAGAAACCCCUACUACGACGGAUGGUCAUUGAGACGUAAGCUCCAACUCAGUUUAAAACCGUCACUCUCACGAUAUCUACAAAAUAUUGAUUUUCGAUCCAAUAUUCGCUGUUUAAGACUAGUGGCGUUCCAUCCUCAUAACCCAGAAGCUGUAUUUAUCAAUUUCAAUGGCGUAAUCUUCCAAUGCUACUUCAAGCCUUCAUCAAUUGACGCAAGAAUUGAAGCAGUUCAGUUUCGUGACGAUGUUGCCGAGUACAGUAAUUGCCUACAACCAUACUUUCUUCCAUUGUGGCCCAUCUCACCUCUCCCACUAUUAGAAUUAAAGAUAGACAGCCCCUGAUUCCUUGAUCGAUAGAUCUUCCCUUUUUCCUUUCUUUCUUUUUAAAAUUUUGAUAUAGUUUUGAUCAUCCGGUAGUACACCACCUCAUGUCCUCUUGAAUCUGUUGUCUAAAUUUUUGAAGGGAUUGUAUGUUGACAUAAGGAUGUGA